AUGGAGGAAGAAUUCCAGUUCUUGUUGUGCCAGCGCUGUAGGAAAGAAGCCAAGAACCCCAAGCUGCUGUUCUGCCUUCACAACCUCUGCACAGAAUGCCUGGAGGAGAGCAAGCCCAUCGGCCAGUGCCCCAUCUGCCUCAUCUCCAUCCGGCGGGUCGGCGGAGAGGCCUUGCUGGACAACAUGCUUUUUGCUAGCCUUCAGGAAAAGCUGAGCACGUACCAGAAGAUCACCACCAACCGGGAUCUGGCGUGCAACCGCUGCAAAGAGGGGGCAGAGUUUUGGUGCAACGAGUGCAACGAGUUUCUUUGCUCGCGGUGCCACGACGCCCACCAGUGGUACCUGAAGCAGAAGAACCAUGAGUCCCAGAAGCUCCUAGAUCUGAAGAACAACACUGCUCAGGGCUUCCUGGAAGAAGCCAGGAAGUCCUGCAUCCUCUUCUGUUCGGAGCCCUCCCACAACAACCAGGUCAUAAGCCACGAAAUAAUUGCCACUAAAGAAAGCUUUGUGUUCACAGCAUCUAUUGUCGUGGGUGCCGCAAACCUUUGUGUUGUUCUUGCGCCCUGCUUGAUGGGGAGCACUACCGGCUGCCCGGAGCCGUGCGCCUGCGUGGACAAGUACGCCCAGCAGUUCGCUGACUGCGCCUACAAGGACCUGCAGACGGUGCCGGCGGGGCUGCCGUCCAACGUGACCACGCUGAGCCUGUCGGCCAACAAGAUCGCGGCGCUGCCGCGCGGCUCCUUCGUGGAGGUGACGCAGGUGACCUCGCUGUGGCUGGCCCACAACAGGAUCGGCGCCAUCGAGGAGGGCACGCUGGCCAUCCUGGUGCAGCUGAAGAACCUGGACGUCAGCCACAACCAGAUCGUGGACUUCCCCUGGGGGGACCUGCGCAACCUCAGCGCGCUGCAGCUGCUCAAGAUGAACAACAACCGCAUGGCCCACCUGCCCGGGCAGGCGUUCCACACCCUGCGCGACCUGCGCUCGCUGCGCAUCAACAGCAACCGCUUCGCCGACGUGGCUGAGGGCACCUUCGAGCCGCUCACCUCCCUGUCCCACCUGCAGAUCUACAACAACCCCUUCAAUUGCACCUGCCGGCUCAUGUGGCUGAAGAACUGGACGGAGAACACCUUGAUCUCCAUCCCGGAGAGGGACUCCAUCACGUGCGCUGCCCCGGAGCCCUGGAAGGGGCUGCCCCUGGCCAAGAUUCCCUACCUGCACUGCACGCCCCCGAAGGUGCGGCUGCUCCAGCACCCCAACCUGGAGCACACCCCGCUCUACUACGGGUUCGCCCUUACCUUGCACUGCAGUGCGGAGGGGCUGCCCCCCCCGGUGGUCCACUGGAGGGUGCAGGCAUCAGGCCAGACGCUGGAUAUUCCCGGGGGGGAGGCGGGCGGCAAUCACCUCCCCCCAGAGAGCUCCCCGGGGGGAGCCCAGGAGAGGUUCCGGGCCUUUAGCAAUGGCACCCUGCUGAUCCCCCACCUCAGCAAGAAAGAGGAGGGCACCUACACGUGCCUGGCCACCAACGAGAUGGGCAGCAACCAGACCUCGGUCGACGUCGCUGUGGCCGACUCCCCGAAGGACACCGGUGGCCCCCUCGGUGGCCCCAAGCGCCAGCCGGGGGACCGCAAGCCCGACGGCAAGGCCUCCAAGAACAGCGUCAUGAAGCCCGACGCGAGAGCCAAGGGCUUUCCGGGGAGGCCGACACCCCGGAACCACUAUGCCGUGGCGCCCACGCCCAGGAACAGCAGCGGCACGGAGGGGGCGCCCUUCCAGCCGCCCCGCUUCGAGAAGAAGUGCGGCUCCAGCGAGCUCUCGCAGUACGUCUCCAACCACGCCUUCAACCAGAGUGCCGACCUCAAGCCCCACAGCUUCGACCUGGGCGUCAUCGCCCUCGACGUCUCGGAGAGGGCGGCCAAGGUGCAGAUCACGCCCUUCUACACCCAGCCGGAAAUGGUGCACCUGCAGAGGCUCUACCUGUGCAAGCAGGGCCGGCAGGGCCACUCGCUGGUCCAGUGGUCGCAGAUCGAGGAAGGGGUGAACUCGUACUGGUUCCAGGGCCUGAGCCCCGGCACCAACUACUCGGUCUGCAUGACGUACGUGGGCGAGGAGUGCCAGGUGCAGGUGCUCUUCACCACCAAAAAGGAGGUCCCGUCGCUCAUCAUCAUCGUGGUGGUGAGUGUCUUCCUGCUCGGGCUGGCCACCAUCCCGCUGCUGGGCGCUGCCUGCUGCCACCUGCUCUCCAAGUACCAGGGCAAGACCUACAAGCUCAUCAUGAGAACCCAGAACCCUGACCAGAUGGAGAAGCACAUGGUGGCUGACUUUGACCCGCGGGCGUCCUACCUGGAGUCGGAGAAGAACUUCGAUCCCAGUGAGGUGGAGGAAGGGGAGGUGGAGGAGGGGGGAGGGGAGGGCGAGGGGGAGGGGAGGGGCACGGCCCAGGGAGGAGCGCUGGAGAGGGACGAGGAGAGCAUCGCGGCCAGCUCCAUCCCCGAAUCCCAGUCCAAAACCAACCCCGAGGAAUUUGAAGUGGGCUCGGAGUACAGCGACCGGCUCCCUCUCGGGGCCGAGGCUGUGACAAUCUCCCAGGAGAUCAAUGGCAAUUACAAGAGCCCCCCUCGCUGA